AUGGAUAAGAAUAUACCAGUUAUAAGUGAUCAACCAGGAUCAAUAAUUUACCGUGAUUGGAAUGAUGGAUUAUGUGGUUGUGGAAAUGAUAUUCAUACAUUUAUCUGUUGUUGUGUAUUUUUCUGUUAUUCAUGUUCAGUAUGUUUAAUGUAUCGUGAUUAUGGAGAAUGUUGUUGUGCACCAUUAAUCGUACCGGCAUCUGAAUUUGUACUGGGAACACAACAUCGUGCACGUCAAAGAAUUAAAGGUGGAAUAGCUUCAGACUGCUGUCAAUGGAUAUGGUGUUCUUCAUGUUAUGUAUGCAGACUAAGAAGAGAUAUGAACUAUACACUAAGUCAGCUGGGCACUUUAAUUUAG